AUGGCGCAGACAUCUGUCCUCCUUACUCUCCCAGGUGAGAUAAGGAAUCAGAUCGUCGAAUACAUACUCGAUCGCGAACUUGGCACCUAUCCACCUCCAUUGCGCAGAUCUCCUUUGGCAAUUCCAUGGACCUGUCGCCAAUUGUACCUCGAAUUUCAAUCGCUUGUCCGCCACAGCACCGUUUUCACUAUACAAUGGUCAUCAGCGAACGACCUCAUCGCAAAGGCCAGCAUACUGCCUCAUGUAGUCGCAUCAUCAAUCACCAAGCUCCAGAUUCAGCUCCCAUCCAGACUCGAAGGGCUCUACAUGAACGACUCUACACGAAGCCGCAUAAAAAGCUUUGACUUUGCCCUGGCUGGUCUUACUAGCCUGGAAGAGGUGUAUUUUCGAUAUCGUCCUGAACAUCACGAUGAAGGCGCUGGAGGUCGGGGGCGUGAGCUGGUAGUUCUGAUUUUGUGGAAGAUGCUUUGGGAGAAACACAUGAAGAGCUUGAGGAAGAUAUGCAUCGUUCACGACGGCACUCAGCCUCGCCUUUCCAUGCCUUUACUCUACGGCAUGUUGGAAUCCUACCAACCUCUUCGAAUGUCUAGACGCUGGGAAGUACGAUCUCACCUUGCGCAUGGUCAACUCUUGUUCGUUGAACGUUGCCGUGGGCAGGUCAUAAGACAGGUUUCCGUCAUUGUCGGAUACAGCUUUCGAGAGGCGGAACAGUAUAUUACGGUGUGCAAGGAAGUUCUAGCAGAAGAAUAUGCGGACAUGUUCCUUGCGCGACGUAGAGAUUGCAAAUACGUCACUCCGCCUAGCAACAUGUCAGACGAGGAGAUCAGAUGCGAGCUGGACAGUCUCCGUAUUGAAUAUCCUGUGUUGGAAAUCAUGGCAAACGAAGUUGGUAGCGAGUAUGAGCCAGGAAAGUUUCUUGCAGACGCAGCCCAUCCCGAGACGACGUCGAAUCCGCCAGAUCUUCUUAUUCUCAACCAGCCCAUAGCCCACUUUGAUGCAUUUUCUCGCCUUUGGAAGCAUAGUGGACAUCGUAUAUGCGCAGAUGGUGGUGCCAACAGACUCUUUGACAUGUUCAAGGGUGACUUGGCCGAGCAGCGCAAACACUACCUACCUAAUCUCAUUCAUGGGGAUCUAGACUCGUUGCGCGAUGAUGUGCGUGACUACUACGAGGGACGUGGCGUCCCUGUGUUACGAGAUGGAGACCAAAUAAGUACAGACUUUGGAAAAUGCAUGAGGAAAUUAUCUUCUCGUCUUCCUGCGUCUGCACUGAGAGACGUACUUGUUCUUGGCACUCUUGGUGGAAGAGUCGACCAAGGCCUGGGGCUUUUGCACGAGAUGGCAAGGGAAGAAUCCCGGCAUGAGAACCUACGCCUAUGGCUCUUUUCCGAGUCGAGCUUGAGUUUUAUACUCCGGAGUGGAACGAAUUUUCUGAGCGGCUUACAGCAAAGCGGGGUCUUUAGCGAAAACGUCGGCAUCCUGCCUAUUUAUGGGCCGGCCAUCAUCUCAACAGAGGGACUAGAGUGGGACGUUCGGGAAUGGGAGACGCGAAUUGGUGGACAGGCCAACAUCGCUACUCACAGUCGCUACUACUGGACUUUUGGCACUCUCCCCGCUCGCCCACCCAAGUUUCUUCUCGGCGAGUACCCCGCUAUCCGUGCUGCUCAUAUACGUACAGGUGCCAUCUCCGCCUCGACCCAAUCCUUCCCUGGUCUCACAACGUCAGGACUUCCCGACGAGCACUUCACCCUCCACCGCCACGCUCCACACUAA